AUGUAUAAUUGCAUUCUCAAAGGAAAUCAUUUGGUUUGGAAUACUGAAUUUGCAGAAGCUAAAAAGUAUUUAGAUCCAUUAGCAAAGAGCAUUCCCCGAAUGGCCUAUGAAUUGGCUAUUAUUCCAAUUUUGGGAAGUGUUCUUUCAGGUGAUACUUCUCUGAGAGAUGAAAGUCUCAAAGCCAUUGAAGCAGCUGAACAUUCUCUUUAUCUUUUCAACAAACAUUCGGCAACAAACUUGACGAAUCUCAUUCAAGAAUUAGAAAGAAUGGACGAAGAGUUAUAUUCCAACAAUGAAAAUUAUUACAAUUUCAACGAGAAGGAUCAUAAAAACUUUUGCCAACUGAAAGAAUUGACAAUUGAUCAGAAAAUUAAUAAUUUAAAAUUGGAUCAUGAAAUUCUUGAUGGUGAAUUACAUUUAAUGAGAGGAGUUGUGCAGUUUAGUAGUGGAUCUUAUUUUAAAGGGUUUUACAAUUUGAGAAAAUCAUAUUUGAAAUUCAAACAUGUUUACAAUAUUGUGGAACCUUUGAAAAGUUAUGAAAAGAGUUCGAAUGAGUUUAUUCAUAGUGAUGUUUUGCAUAAUGUAUAUUUUGGAAUGGGAAUUUUCAAUUUCAUGUUGUCAAUUCUACCACCCAUGUUAACUUCCAUUUUGAGUAUGAUUGGAUUUGAUGCAGAUAGAGAUCAUGGUUUGGAAUUAAUGAAAUUUGAUCAUGAAUAUGGUGGAAGACAGUUUGGAGUUGCCUCCUUCAUGUUAUCAAUGAAUUAUCUGUUCAUUCCAAGAGCAUUGGAAGAUCGUGAAACUAAACUUGCCAUUGCAGGUGGAUUAUUAGAGAAAUCAGAAAAGAUCUUCCCUAGAAGUGGUGGAUUUAAAAUGAUGAAAUCUCACUAUGAAAGAAAGAAGGGAGACAUUUCGAAUGCCAUUACCAGUUUGAGUGAGGCCAUUACAAUUUGUGAAGAAUCGAUGGGUUUUAUGCCAAACAUCCUCGUACAUGAAUUAAGCUGGUGUUACUUUUUGACUGAGGAUUUUGAAAAGGCAUCACAUUAUUUGAAUAUAUUAGUGAGCUCUGAAAAGGAUUUUGAUACGAAAGGAAUUUCGGCCAUGUUGCUGGCUGCUUGUAAAUUAAGACUCGGAGAUAUUGAGGGAACUAACAAAUUGAUUGAUAGUUUUGGAAAAUAUGUUUCAAAGGGAUCAAGAAUUGACAAAUUUGCUGCUGAAAAGGUUGAAGUUUUCAAAUAUUUAAAAACAGAAAAGGAAAAACAUUUAAUGAUGUUCAUGUCAGUCUUCCACUUUUUAUAUGUCAAGAGAGAUUUAGCCAAUUUGCAAAUAGACAUUGCUGAGCCAUUGUACGAAUUAUUUAUCAAGACUUCAAAUGAAAUUGUCAUUGAUAACCAUUCCAAAUUGGGAAAUGAUAUUCAAGCUGGAUUGGCAGUUGUGAGAGGUCAAUUUUUGAGAUUACUUGGAAAACAUGAGGAAAGUAAGGAGGAAUUUAAAAAGGCAGUUUCCUAUGAGCACCACAUUGUGUUGGAAAAACAGUGGAUUGCCUUUUCGUAUUAUGAAAUUGGAGAAUCAAUUUACUUAUUCGAAUCUAAACAAGUCCCUGCAGAAAAGAAGGAAGAAAAACUUGCCCUUCUGAAGGAUGUCAAACACUACUUGGAGAAAUGUAGCAAGAUGAGUGGAUAUUCAUUUGAGGAAGUUUUACAUUCCAGAGCCAAACUAGCUCUCAAACAAGUCAAUAAGGAAAUAUCAGAAUUAUCUCAUCAUUAA